CACCGUCCCGAUUCCUCCUCCGCCGCGACCUCACCCUAUCCGUUUCACGCUCCUCCGUCUCUUGUUAUAACUACUAACCUUCCUUCCCUAUCCCCAACCCACGCCCACCGCCAGCCCACGGCUUCGUCGCCUCAGAUCCCCCCCCCCCCCCCCGGCGCCCCGUACCCGUACACCACGCGGCCAUGACGCCCUCCUCCGCUCUCGCCCUCGCCCACCUAACCGCCGCCACCCCGCUCCCGGCCUCCUCGUCGUCCCGGCCCUCGCCGAGGCCCAGCUCGCUGAGCCUGGGCCCCGGCCCUGUUGGGCUCGGAGGCGCGCGCCGGCUCGCCACGGCGGCGCCCCCGCGGGCGUUCUUCUCCUCUUCGCCGUACCAGCCCCCGCCGCAGCCGUCGGGGUUCUCGCAGCACCGCGAGUACGGCCUGGUCCCCAUGGUCAUUGAGACCACCUCCCGCGGGGAGCGUGCGUACGACAUCUUCUCGCGCCUGCUCAAGGAGCGCAUCGUCUGCAUCCACGGGCCCAUCGCCGACGACACCGCCUCGCUCGUCGUGGCCCAGCUGCUCUUCCUCGAGUCCGAGAACCCGCUCAAGCCCGUGCAUCUCUACAUCAACUCCCCGGGGGGCGUCGUCACGGCGGGGCUCGCCAUCUACGACACCAUGCAGUACAUCCGCUGCCCCGUCACCACGCUCUGCAUCGGCCAGGCGGCCUCCAUGGGGUCGCUCCUGCUCGCGGCCGGGGCGCCAGGGGAGAGGCGGGCGCUGCCCAACGCCAGGGUCAUGAUCCACCAGCCGUCCGGCGGCGCGCAAGGUCAGGCCACCGAUAUCGCCAUCCAGGCCAAGGAGAUCCUCAAGAUGCGCGACCGGCUCAACAAGAUCUACCAGAAGCACACGAAGCAGCCCAUCGACAAGAUCGAGCAGUGCAUGGAGAGGGAUCUCUUCAUGGACCCCGAGGAGGCGCGCGACUGGGGGCUCAUCGACGAGGUCAUUGAGAACCGACCUGCCUCGCUCAUGCCCGACGGCCUCGGUGGCGGCGUCGAUCUGCCCAACCUCGGUGGAGGCGGCGGACGGGGAAGGGAUGUUGAGGAGCCGUCUGCGGUGUGAGGACCGGCCACAAAGGUGAAAUCUUUUUCGCGUCCGGUGGCUGUGUUGUUUGUUGUUAGAUCUAAGGCUUAAUUCUUACUACACAAGGUUAACCUUGUUAUUCUGGUUGCCGAGGCGUCCGGAUCCCCAUUCCCCUUGUUGCUUCAAUUGCCUGAAUUGAGCUAUUUCUGAUAUUUAUUUUAACUCUUAAGGAAAUUUCAGUCCUUUGAUACUGAUAAAUUGGUACAGUGUUGUGGAUGUUUGUAUCAUAAGUAUCAUUAAAAAUCCCAUCUUUUUGUUUGUCUCACAGUAAA